AUUAAUUAAACAUCUGAAAAACUGAAACGUAAAACUCCAGGAUUAUCACCUCCCAAACGUCAAAAAACCGCAGGCGACAUGGCAAAGCUGGAGCACCAGUUGCCGAUCCCAAUGCCGGAUCUGUCCAGCCUGAGGAUAACAACUGCUGUCUCCAUGCUGGGGAAGGCUUACGGAUGUGGUCAAUGCAGUGCUCCCCCACCGGGGCCCACAACAAGUACAGCGGUGGGUGCAGCGAGUGCAGCAGGAAGCAGUGUCGUUGCCUCCGGCGCCCUGGGAGUAGUUCCUGCGCAGACACACACGCCGCCUCAGCCUCCAGAACUGCCAGUGUUCUCAUGUCCUCGAAGGCCAAACAUUGGGCGCGAGGGUCGGGCGAUUGGCUUGAGAGCGAAUCACUUUCAAAUAACAAUGCCACGUGGCUAUGUACACCAUUAUGACAUUAACAUACAGCCAGACAAGUGUCCACGUAAAGUCAAUCGCGAGAUCAUCGAGACAAUGGUACACGCUUACAGUAAAAUAUUUGGAACUCUCAAGCCUGUGUUCGAUGGCAGAAAUAAUUUGUACACAAGAGAUCCAUUGCCAAUUGGUAAUGAUAAGUUAGAAUUAGAGGUAAUACUGCCUGGUGAGGGUAAAGACAGAGUGUUUCGUGUGGCAAUAAAAUGGCUGGCGCAAGUCUCCCUGUACGCCCUGGAGGAAGCCCUGGAGGGACGAACCCGACAGAUUCCUUACGACGCAAUCCUAGCACUGGACGUUGUCAUGAGACAUUUGCCCUCAAUGACGUACACCCCAGUUGGCAGAUCCUUCUUCAGCACUCCAGACGGUUACUACCAUCCCCUGGGUGGUGGCAGAGAGGUUUGGUUUGGUUUUCAUCAGUCUGUUCGGCCCUCCCAAUGGAAAAUGAUGCUCAACAUCGAUGUCUCAGCAACAGCAUUCUACAAAGCCCAACCAGUUAUUGAAUUCAUGUGUGAAGUACUCGACAUUCGAGACGUCAAUGAGCAGAGAAAACCACUGACAGACUCGCAGAGAGUGAAAUUUACCAAAGAAAUCAAGGGCCUGAAGAUCGAGAUCACUCACUGUGGCACCAUGAGACGAAAAUAUCGUGUUUGCAAUGUUACGAGAAAACCAGCCCAGAUGCAGUCAUUUCCACUGCAAUUGGAGAAUGGCCAGACUGUUGAGUGCACUGUUGCCAAGUACUUUUUAGAUAAAUACAAAAUGAAAUUACGUUAUCCUCAUCUACCGUGCCUUCAAGUUGGUCAGGAGCAUAAGCACACUUAUCUGCCACUAGAGGUGUGCAAUAUUGUUGCAGGUCAGCGUUGUAUCAAAAAAUUGACUGAUAUGCAGACAUCGACGAUGAUCAAGGCAACAGCGAGAUCAGCUCCAGAUCGAGAGAGAGAAAUUAACAAUUUAGUGAGAAGAGCUGAUUUCAAUAAUGACUCGUACGUCCAAGAAUUUGGAUUGACAAUAUCCAACAGUAUGAUGGAGGUGCGUGGAAGAGUACUGCCACCACCCAAAUUGCAGUACGGGGGGAGAGUGAGUUCCCUGAGUGGACAGACAAAACAGCAGGCACUGCCCAAUCAAGGGGUUUGGGAUAUGCGUGGAAAGCAAUUUUACACUGGAGUGGAAAUUCGAGUGUGGGCUAUUGCCUGUUUUGCACCUCAGAGGACUGUCAGGGAGGAUGCGCUGAGAACAUUCACUUCACAGCUGCAGAAGAUCAGCAAUGAUGCUGGAAUGCCCAUAAUUGGACAGCCAUGCUUCUGCAAGUACGCAACUGGACCUGAUCAGGUUGAGCCCAUGUUUCGGUAUUUGAAGUCCACUUUCCAGGCUCUGCAGCUUGUCUGCGUGGUUUUACCUGGAAAGACACCAGUUUACGCUGAAGUGAAACGAGUGGGUGACACCCUCCUGGGCAUGGCGACUCAGUGUGUCCAAGCGAAGAACGUCAACAAGACGUCUCCCCAGACCCUCUCGAAUCUCUGUCUGAAGAUAAACGUCAAGCUCGGUGGAAUAAACAGUAUCCUAGUGCCAAGUAUAAGGCCCAAAGUCUUCAACGAACCAGUGAUAUUCCUCGGCGCUGACGUGACCCAUCCACCAGCUGGUGACAACAAAAAGCCGAGCAUAGCAGCUGUUGUUGGUAGUGUCGAUGCUCAUCCAUCUCGUUAUGCUGCCACUGUUCGAGUGCAGCAGCACAGGCAGGAGAUCAUUCAGGAGUUGAGUUCAAUGGUCAGAGAAUUGUUGAUCAUGUUCUACAAGAGCACGGGGGGAUACAAGCCCCACAGGAUCAUUCUUUAUCGCGAUGGGGUCUCGGAGGGACAGUUCCUUCAUGUUCUUCAGCAUGAACUCACCGCCAUUCGAGAGGCUUGCAUCAAACUCGAGGCUGAUUACAAACCUGGUAUCACGUUUAUUGUCGUUCAGAAGAGGCAUCACACGAGACUAUUCUGCGCUGAUAAGAAGGAGCAGAGUGGAAAGAGUGGAAAUAUACCUGCUGGCACAACUGUCGAUGUCUGCAUUACACAUCCCACUGAGUUUGAUUUCUAUCUGUGCAGUCAUCAGGGUAUUCAGGGAACGUCGAGACCAUCUCACUAUCACGUACUGUGGGACGACAAUCACUUCGAGAGCGACGAACUCCAGUGUUUGACUUAUCAACUUUGCCACACGUACGUCAGAUGUACCAGAUCAGUUAGUAUACCAGCUCCAGCUUAUUACGCUCAUCUCGUUGCAUUCCGGGCGAGGUAUCAUUUAGUCGAGAAGGAACAUGACAGUGGUGAAGGAAGUCACCAAUCAGGCUGCAGUGAGGACAGAACGCCGGGUGCAAUGGCCCGUGCAAUAACUGUACACGCCGAUACAAAGCGAGUAAUGUACUUUGCGUAAUUCCAUUCACCAGACAUUUGACAUUUGAACAUUUUUCAAAAAGGGUGUGAAAGAGUGUUUUUAAAAACAAAGCCAAUGUGUCAAAGAAUAAUGAAUUUAACAGUGCACAGUGCCGAAGCCCUCAGCCCAUUGCGCAUAACCAAAACAAUUAAUUAAAAAAAAGAAACAAAGAAAGAAUUAUUACGUCAUAUCUCGAGGAGGAGGAGGGGUGAGAAUAAUGCUGAAUGAAAAAUGUCUAGAACUCUCGUUAGAUUUAUAAUUGGACAAUCUUCUUCGGUGGCCAAUUUUUUUAUUUAUCAUUUUUACCAGCUGUUCUGGAGAAAAAAAUUGAUAAAGACUCUGCCGCAUUUAAAAUGUGGUACAAUUUUAUAGAAAAAUUGAUCCAAAAACCGUCAAGAAGGUGCUUAUAGUUAAUCAUGUUUUUAGAUUUAGAUUUAAGAAUAUUUUUCUGAGGGACGACAAGAACACAAUUAGCUCUGGUUAACGCUGAUCUCGACCAAUUAUCUUCCUUAAAAAUAAUAUUCAUGAAUUGAAAAAUUUUAAAACCCUGAACAUUGGUUGCUUCGUGGAUGAUGAAAAAGAUUGAAUGAUUACGCUUAUUUUCUGCCUUGUUUAUUAAUUAUAAUAAUUUUCUUUCCAUCUUCAGGAUCUCAAUGAAUUCGAUGUUGAGAUUGUCAUUACCAAAAUAUUAUUUAACAUGAAUUUAUGAUGUAUAUAGGGGAAUUUUCAUUUGCACGAUUUAUCAAAAAAAAUGAUGAAGCAUUAAAAGUUUAAGAUUAAAGUCGAUAGUUGAUGGGUUAUGCUGAAAAAUUGGCCACCAAGUUGCGAGUUCAGUGACGUGGCUUUUGGUAAAAUACAAGAGAAAUAAAUCAUUUAUAAAUUCACCAUCAAAACAGAUAAUUUAACUUUGAAUAGUUCCGGUUCUGUUUUGAUGUUGCUAAAUAUGUUUUAUACAAAUGGAGUAAUUGAAAAUUGUAUUCGUCAGUCCGAAUCUAAUGUCAAACGUUUAAAAUAAAACCCAGGCUUUAAAUAAU